GAUAUCGAUGACUUUUAUGCAUUUCAAAAAUAAACAACAAAAACCGUCCUACACAAUCCCCCAUUACCCAACAAUGGGUCAUAUUAAUGCCAUUCCUUAAUUAUUAUAAGUACGUCAAUUCACUUCAGGGCAACAAACAAGCGAAUGUCUCUGGAUACACGGAUUAAAGAACCUCAAAAAGCUGGUGGGACGGGAAUAUCCUGAAGCAGCAUGGCCACCAAACUGGGCUUUGUAAAGAACAUCGCAUGGGAAACCGAGUCCCCAUUUCUGGAUGUGGAUUAUGAGGCAUGGAAUACUUAUGGUGUAUCAACGUUGAAACACCUAGCCACAAAGAGAGCAUUAAGCGAUCAACGAAAUUUGGACCAAGGCCAUUUUCGUCAUAUCCCCUGGCCUAUUGCGGAGGAACUCUGGCAAUAUCUCACUCGAAGUGGCAAACGGACUUUAUACAUGUGGAAAAUAUUCUGUACCGCUUAUCCUGUUGAAUUUCGAACUUUGUCGCAACAUUGUGACUUUCAGGUGAGGAAUCCUCAAUAUCCUCUGAGCGGCUAUGUAAACCUGGUCAAGAGCUCGAGUCAGAAUUGGGCUACUAUACUGAAUAUUUGGACCGAGUUUGCUCGAGUGCCUGAGCUGGUCGAACUCGCCGAUUUGACUAAUCUUGUCUCGUUGGAAGUGAAUACUUCUACGUGUCCAGAAAUACCAGAGGGACACGAUCAAGAAGUAGCGUCUCUCAAUGACCGUAUCUUGCGGACAUGGAGUGAUCUUGCUGAAGCAGCAGGCGCUUUCAAGCACCUUCGCGUUUUGAGACUGUACCAGCAGCGGGCCCUUACAGAACAGGCUUUUGUUUACCUGUCCAAGCUUCCCUCGUUGGAGUACUGUGUGCUGGCGAUGUGUGAUAGAAUGACACCGAAAUCCGCACUCAAGUUAGCGAAAUCGCAGGGUUGGAUCGUCAUGGAGGAUGCCUCUGAACAGACAAUAUUCCAGUUCUCUCUCACUUCAAACAAUCUCGAUGGGAGGACUAAAUGGCAUAGCCGCCAGAAAGGGAUGGUGUCUUCUUCACUACCAAGUGAUAUACCCAUGCUCGAGUUCACUAUUGGGCAGAGGUAUGAGAAACUGAGAGAUCGUGACGUUAUCAUCAUGCAGCGCAAGCAUGUCUCUAAGGGAAACAAGCGUAGUUUGGUCGAUACAGUGCCAUCGGAGAACGACCGCGCUCAAAAGCAGACGAGAAAGACAGUCAUGAAACAGCGUGGUAAAGAUCUGUCGGGCAUGCUGGCUGAAUUUAUCUAA